AUGUCUGCUUCCCUCGACGGUAUUGUCAAAUCAGUGGUUAGUGGUAACACCAUCAAAGUUUGCCAUCCUCAAAGAGCUGAUAAAGAGAAAGUGUUAGUACUUGCCGAUGUCAAGACUCCACGUAUUGGAUCCAAAAACGAUGAAGACGAGCCUUUUGCCUUCGAAGCAAGAGAAUUCUUGAGAAAGAAGCUUGUUGGUAAGCCAAUCAAGUUCAGAGUCGAUUACACUGUGAAAGAAACCGGCUUGAAUUAUGCCACCAUCUUUUUGGGCGACGAAAAUGUGAACGAGGCUGUUGUGGAGGCUGGUUUUGGUGAAGUCAAAGAGGUCAAGAAUCCAAGCGAGGAUCACAAGAGAUUGCUCGAACUCCAAAAAGUUGCCAAAGAAAACAAGAUUGGAAGAUGGGAUUCUGGCAACAAAAAGAUUGCCAAGACAUCAUCCAACAAUGCCGAAAUUGAUACCCAACAAUUGUUGAAAUCAUUCAAGUCGAAGGCCAUCAAUGUCAUUGUCGAAUAUGUACUCAAUGGUGCUACUUUGAAGGUCAGACUUCCAACUCAUGAAGUUGUCUUGUUGAAUUUAACUGGUGUCUAUUGCCCACUCUUCAUCAAGAAUAAGAAGGAAGGAACAGAACUUGCUCAACCUUUCGCAAAGGAAGCCAAGCUUCACACUGAAUAUCGUUUGUUGAACAGAGAUGUUACUGUUUUGUUUGAGGGUAUUGAUAACACUGGUAACUUGCACGGAAGUAUCAUUAUUUCUGCCGAUGAAACCAGCGAUAAGCCAGUCACUUAUCAAGAAGAAUUGUUAUUGACUGGUUAUGCAUCUGUCGAUGAAAGAAGUGCUCCAAAAUCUAAAUAUGCACAAAGAUUCAGAGCAGCAGAACAAAAGGCAAAGGAUGAAAGAAAAUGUUUGUGGGUUGACUAUCAACCAAAGAAACAAUCAUUGGAACAAACUGAUACCGAUUUCACAGCUAGAGUUUUGGAAGUCUUGUCAGGUGAUACCUUGAAGAUUAUCAAGAAUGAUGGAACUGAAGAGAAGAUCAGUCUCUCCAACAUCAAGACACCAAAAUAUAAUCCAUAUGCUAAGAAGCAACAAGAAAAGAAGGAAGAAAAGGAAGGUGAUUCCGAAAAGAAGGGUGAAAGUCAACCAUGGGGCUAUGAAGCUAAGGAAUUGUUAAGAAGCAAAGUAGCCGGAAAGGAAAUCCAUGUUGAAGUUGACUACAAGAAGGAAAUGCAAUCAACAAAGGAAGUGAGAAGAUACUGCACAGUUUUGGUAAAUAAGAAGUCAGUUGCAGUCGAAUUGGUGAGAGAGGGAUUUGCUUCUGUCAUUAAACUCAGAGCUGAUGAGGAGAGAUCAUCUGCUUUUGACCAACUUAUUUUGGCUGAGAAUGAUGCUCAAAAGAGACAAAAAGGUAUUCAUGGAAAGAGAAGAGCACCAAACCAAGUCUUUACAAACGUUACUACUUUUGACGCUGUCUCCAAAUUGUACAAAUUAUUGAGUGGAAAGUCAACUGCCACAAAGGGAUAUAUUGAAAAGGUCCUCUCUACCAACAGAUUUGUUAUUAACCUUCCUGGUGAUAAUUCUACAAUCAAGUUCUCCAUGUCUGGUAUUGCUACUCCAACCACUGGUAAUGACUUGGCAAAGGAAGCUUUCCAAUAUACCUUGCUCAACACUUCAUGCAGAGAUGUUGAACUUGUUCUCGAAAGUGUCCUUACUUCAGGAGACAAGCAACAACAAGGUGUCAAGCAAGGAGUUUUGUGUGGUCAAUUGUUGAUCGGAGGAAAGAACUUUGCUUACAAUUUACUCGAGAAUGGAUUGGCCAUUACUCAAGAUUUUGCUAGAAAAUUAAAGUACUUUGAUGAUAUGAAGGAAGCUCAAGACAGAGCUGAGAAGGCCAAGAAGGGUGCUUGGAAAUCAGCUGAACCAUUUUCUCUGUUCCCACAAAGAAAGAAGAAGGUCCGAGAACAAGAAGAAGAGGAAGUUGAAAGACCAAUUUCCCAACGUUUCUCUGUUUCUUCAGCAAGAAAUGCUCAAACUAUUAGAGUCACUGAUUUUGACGAUGUCACUACCUUCUAUUACCAUGGUGCUGAUGUUGUGAAUAGAUUGAAGGAUAUUGACCAAUUAAUUCAACAACUCAACCCAGAAUCACUCCCAACUCUUUCCACUCCAUCUGUUGGUGCUUUGUGUCUUUCACAAUUCACUGAAGAUAACAAUUGGUACAGAGCCAAGAUUGUUUCUAUCAAUGAUUCCAACUGCAUUGUUUUGUAUUCUGACUUUGGUAACAGUGAAGAGAAGCCACUCUCCUCCCUUAAACAAGUUCCAGCUGAAAGUGAACUCUUAAAGAUGAAGCCAUGUGCUCAAAAGGCUCGUUUGGCUUUCGUUAAACCACACAGACAAUUGUUCAGAGUUGAUUUGGAAACCCUUUUGAGAGAUACUUUAAUGGAAGGUGAAUGGUUAUUAACUGUUGAGUAUGCUGAUAAUGGUAUUGAAUAUGUCACCUUGCAACCAAAGAAUGCCAAGAAUCAAGAUACCAUUAACUCUCAAAUUGUGCGAAGUGGUUUGGCAUUUAUUGACCGAACAGUUCUUCAAAGACAUUUCAAGAAUUUAUUGGCAUCCUAUGAAGAGGACAGAGAAUAUGCUGCCUCCAAGCAUUUGAACCUUUAUGAGAUGGGUGACUUUGGUGAAGAUGAUGCUGAAUAUGAGGAAGAAGAACUCUAA